AUGCAGUUUUUCGACAAGCAUGCAGGCAUAUCAGCUUUCAGAAUGUGGAAAGGAAAGUAUUCCUAUUCCCAUGAAACUAAGCGCAGAGAUUCUGCGGCAGCUGAAGUAGAGAGGCGAGGCUACACGAAAGUGAUGGAUUCGUAUGGGCUGAUGGGUGUGCUUCGAAUAACCAAAGAUGAGCAUGUUCUCGUUGCCGUUACUGGAGUUCUGUCCGUUGGCCAGCUCUACGGGGCUGAUAUUGUCAAAGUAAUCUCUUGCGAAUUGAUCUCGCUAAAAACGAUCGGAUCCGUCGAGUGUCUGGAUCCUCGUGUACUUGAUCUGCAACGUUUACUAUCUUCUGGUAUAUUUUAUUACUCUUCAAAUCCUCGAUCUGUUUUGGUGCGCACAGUUUAUGUGGGCCAUCGGACUGGUCGAGUUGCCCUGCUGUCCCGACUCAGUUGUGAGCGAGUCGGUACGCGAUUCAAUGUGCGCGGCGCAAAUUCACAAGGAUUUGUUGCCAAUUUCGUUGAAACCGAGCAGGUGCUUGUGUUCGACGAAGGCGAGUGCUCUUUGGUGCAAGUUCGGGGCUCUGUGCCACUGUACUGGGAACAGCCAGGUGUGCAAGUCGGGUCCCACAAGGUGAAAUUGAGAGCAUUCGAAGCUAGCGGUCCAGCCUAUCACAGGCACAUGUCACGAUUGGUGUCAAUGUAUGGUCAAGUCACAGUGGUGAAUCUCCUAGGCAGAAAAGAGGGUGAACGAGUUCUCGCUGAUGCGUUCCGUAUUCAACAUAAAAGCUCUAAGCUGGCUGACUCUAUCGAAUUUGUUGACUUCGACUACCACUAUCAAAUGAAGAUCUCCAAAGAUUCUCUAAGUUAUCUCAUCAAAAAGCUCGCUCCAUUAAUUACUAGUAGCUCUUUUUAUUUGGCAUCUGAUGGAGGUGUGAAAAGUCAACAGACAGGCGUUUUACGGGUAGUGCGAGAUCAGGUGGCUGCUUUGGAGUUAGAAAAAGGCAAGGUGAACAUCAGUCAGCGUAUCGAAGAGAUUCUACGUGAUCUUUGGCAAAAGAAUGGAGAUCUAUGCAGCAAUAUCUACGCAGGAACUGGUGCCCUGGACGGAAAAAGCAAGCUGAAAGACGCGUCUCGCUCGAUAGCUCGUACGAUACAAAACAACUUGAUGGACAGUUCUAAGCAAGAGUCGUUCGACAUUUUCCUAUCUGGUGCAUUUUUUGAAUCGCCAGCAUUCGACAAGGCCGUCAACCUACUUCCUUAUUCAAUCCUUCAAGAAUGCGAUGAAGCUGUAGAACAGGUGGUUAGUCGUGCUUCGGAAAUGACGUCGCCCUAUCCCAUCAAAAUUUUCAUAGGUACAUGGAAUGUGAACGGUGGUAAGAACAUGCAUAACAUAGCGUUCCGUAACCAGUCAAACAUGGCCGAUUGGAUUUUUCCCAAUGGGACGCUUGUGGCAGUUGAUAAUGUGGAUGAAGCUCCGGAAAUUAUUGCCAUAGGACUCGAGGAACUGGUCGGUGUUUGCCUUUUUGUUUUUGUACGGCCACGACUUGUGCCGUUCAUCAAAGAUUUUGCUGUUUCUUCAGUCAAAACGGGUAUGGGUGGAACAACGGGAAAUAAGGGUUCCGUGGCUUUUCGAAUGGUUGUGCAUUCUACGAGUAUUUGUUUCGUAUGUUCGCAUUUCGCUGCUGGUCAAAACGAGGUGAGGGAUCGUAACGAGGACUACACUUCGGCGUUCCGAAGAAUUAAGUUCCCUCAUGGAAGAGAAAUCGAUUCGCACGAUGUCGUGUUUUGGUUUGGUGACUUCAACUACAGGAUAAACUUAAGCGGAGAUGAUGUGAAAAAGGCUGUUCAUUCUGAUGACUUGCAGAGAUUAUGGGCGUUCGAUCAGUUGCAGCAACAGAAAUCCCAAGGCUUGGUAUUCCACAACUUCAACGAAGGCCCACUGUCAUUUCCUCCAACUUACAAAUAUGAUACAUUUUCUGAUGAUUAUGACACUAGCGAGAAAUGUCGUGCACCAGCAUGGACCGAUCGGAUACUGUGGAGGGAACGGCAGGAGCCUAAGAACACGAAAUUGAUACGGUACUUCCGCUCGGAACUGAAGACGUCCGAUCAUCGACCAGUUGGAGCUCUUUUCUCCGUGAAUGUUUUCCGUGUCGACCAAGUCAAAUGUGUACAACUUGUUGAAGAUAUCGUGGCAUGCCUUGGUCCACCAGACAGCACAAUCAUCUGCUCGAUAGAAGGUACCCAGCGAUUCCCCAUGGCGGUUUUCCCGCAGAUUGUCGCAAAACUCAAGGAAAUCCCGGCACACAUCUGCCUCAGCAAGUUUGAAGACGACGAUUUACACAUUGUUCUUGAGAAUGGGGAAGCAGCUAUUGCAGCACUAAGCAUGGAUGGUAUUCGUAUCGAUGGCCACAAAUUAUCAGUGCGAUUACGAUCGCCCGAGUGGACUGACAGCUUGCAACCUAAACUAACCAAAUUUGCAUCCUCACUAAGUUCAACCGACACAAUUUCUCUUCAGGAGUGCGACUUAACCUUAACAAAUGGAGCCGAGCUUGAAUUGGAUGAUAACGAAGAUGACCUCUUAUCAGAGAGAUCGAGUGCUGAUAGCAGUUCAGCUGACGUUCAAGAUUUCGCUUCAAGCAUUCUUCAAGCUUUUGAGAAGCGAGAUUCCCAAAAGCCUUGGGGAAUUUCCUCCGACGAUCGUCAGACAGUUGGUUCCCAACAGCUCCAACUUAUGAAGCCGCGCAAGUAUCGUGACCUCAUUACAGAUGGUAGCACUCGUUCAACUCUAUGUCUUGAGUGA